AUGAGUGACUUUCAAGAACAAGAAUUUGUGUCAGCGGAACACGACCAUUUAGUGAGUGCAAUAACAAAAUUGGACAAAACGCAACAUAUUACAGAGCCCACUCGUAAUGAACCCACAAAUCUAAGUUCAGAAUUUAACUUAAUAAAAAGCUCAAAUAAAUUAGAUUUGAGUAAAGUUGUUACUGCUCUGAAGGACAGUGCUCAUCAUACAAUCAUAACAAAAAAAUUAAAAAGUCUCGACCAAGGGCAGGUUUUACUCAAACCUUUAGAAAAACCACAGGCUGAACGAAUUAAAAGGUCAACAGGGUAUGAUGCUACCAAAGAAAAAGUGGCUAAAUGGGAUCCAGUUGUAGCAAGGAACAGAACAGUGGACUUUGUUUCCUUCCCACUACAUUCAGUCUCCAAACGAGAACAUCCUACAAAAGUAAUCUUGUCUAAUUUAAAAUCUAAAUCUCCUUUAGAAAAAGAGCUAGAUGAGAUUGACCCCCCAGCAGAAGUUGAAGAGGAAAAUAAAGAGGAACAAAGCUUUCCUAUGACUUAUGAAGAAAUGUUAGAACACAGAAAAGAAAUGGCUAAGUUGAGAGCUCAGCAAUCAUAUAAAGCAGCAAAAGCUAAGAGACAGAGUAAAAUUAAAAGUAAAAAAUAUCACAGAAUCCUUAAAAAGGAGAGACUGAAACAACAGCUUAAAGAGUUUGAAGAAUUACAGGAGAAAAAUCCUGAGGAAGCUUUAAAAAAGUUGGAGGAGUUAGAAAAAGCAAGAGCUCUUGAGCGUCAUACUUUAAGGCAUAAAAAUACAGGAAAGUGGGCUAAAAAUAAACUAGUCAGAGCAAAAUAUGAUAAAGAGGUAAGACAACAAUUAGCUGAGCAAUUAGCAGUGAGCAGGGGACUUACACAUAAAACACAAGAUAGUGAAAGUACUGAUGAUGAAGCUGAUGAAAAUGAGAUACUACCAGAUAUGACAUUAGCUCAGGAUCCUUCAAAUCCGUGGAUGAUGAAAGGACCUAACAAAAGCAAUGUUGAUACUGAUUUUGAUUUUGGCUACAAAAAAUUUUUAAAGGAAAAAGUGCUGAAGCAUACAGAAGACAGUGAGUCUGAAGAAAAUGAUGAAACAGUUUGUGAUUUAUCUGCACUUAAGAAAAAAAAUUAUAUAUUGGGUGCACUAACAAACAAUGUUCAUGAAUCAAGUAAUCCUAAAACUGAUGAUGAGGCCAAGGCAUCUAGCCCUUUAGGUAACUCCAAGAAGAAACCAAUGGAAAAAAUGAAUGCUAAAGUUACUUUUAUGAAACAAGACAGAAAUAUUAAAAGACCUAUAGCAACAUCUGAGUGGACAGUUGAAAUAAUCAAGCCAAAUGAUAGCACUGAAUCAGGUGAAAUUAAGGUUGCAGAGGUUUUUGAUACAUUUGAAACUAAAGUAGCGAAACAAGUUGAAAUAAAAAUAAAUAAAUUAAGGAAGAACAUCAAGCGAUUAGAGAAAUCAUCUAGUAAACUAAAAGUUGUUAAAAAAAAAGGGAGGGAAAGGGAACAAUAUUAG